AUGCUCGCUCGACGCGCACACCCGACGAUCUCGACGCGGCCGUCGAGUACUAAGACACUCGGCAAGAGCGUCGACAGCCCUAGCAGUAACCAGCAUCAAGGCAACAAUGCCAACCCUGUAGCACGUCCUGCGCUUGGACAGAUCGAUGCCAGACACUUACAGAUCGGGGUUAAAGUUUGGGUGGCCGACGCUAAAGUACUCUGGCGCAUUGGCGAAGUCCAGACGAUCGCAGAAGACCGGAAGACAGCGCAGGUAUACCUCCCUGACGCUGCGGAGGAUGAGACGCAGACUCUGCGUAUGGACCAGCUUUUCACCUUUGACGCAUCGCAUAUUGUGGACCACGCCGAUGUAGCGCUAAUGAACAACAUGCACGAGGCACCGCUGCUCAACGUGUUGCGCCAACGCUUCGAACGCGACGAGAUCUACACGUUCACUGCUGAUAUUUUGCUCUCAAUCAAUCCGUACAAGUCGAUUCCUCUACUAUACGACGUCGUCGGCUUCAUGAAGAGCCGUGAGGAGGCAGCUACAGCUACUGGAGACGGAGCGACCAGCGACAGCAGCGCGCCACCACACUUGUUCUCCAUCGCAGAGAAGGCGUAUACAGGCAUGAAAGGUGUUGUUCCCGGGUCCGGAGCGCCACAGUCUAUCGUUAUCAGUGGCGAGAGUGGUGCUGGUAAGACGGAAGCGUCCAAGUACAUUAUGAAAUACCUCGCAACUGCCAGUAAACACGUCGCCAGCACCAGCUCUGGCAAGACAGCGGCAGUUGUACACGAACAGAUCGAGGAGUGCGUGGUGUUGUCUAAUUUGAUUCUGGAAUCAUUUGGCAACGCAAAGACCUCACGCAACGACAACUCGAGUCGGUUUGGCAAGUAUAUUCAGAUUCAUUACAACAGUGAAGGACGAAUGGCAGGGGUGUCGAUUCGUCACUUUCUAUUGGAGAAGACACGUCUCGUUCGUCCAGAAGUGAACGAACGUAACUACCACAUCUUCUAUCAGUUAUUAGCAGGACUUGAUACUUUAAACAACACGUCAGACCCUGCAACUACGGCUCGACCGCUGCUACUACGGAAUGAUGUGUGGAAUUAUACGUACCUCACACGUGGAGACUGUGUGGAGGUGGAUGGGGUGGACGACGCGACGGAGUUCGAGCAGCUUCGACGUUGUCUAGAGCAACUAGGGAUGGACACAGCCUCCUUCCAACGUCCAAUGUUCGAGGUCCUCGCAGCCAUUCUACAUCUUGGCAACGUCACAUUCGAGAGUCCCACGCAAGGGAGCAAAGGAGAGGGCUCUCGGGAGGACGAACCUACUCGAGUAGUGUUCCCUGAAAGUGACGCGGGUGUGAACUUGGAACAUGUAGCCAUGUUACUAGGCGUCGAUGCGGCCGAGUUUGCUAACAAGAUGGUCACCCAGACGACUAUAACUGGUCGUGGGAGUAUUCUGGAGAUCAAACUGACCCCGGAACAAGCUAAAAACGCCAUGGAUGCCUUCUGUAAGUAUCUUUACGGCGAGCUUUUCCACCACGUGAUAUCACGUAUCAACGCCUGUGCCAAACAGCAGACAUCUGUCGACCACAAAACGCCGAAAGCUCGAGUCCAAGGUGGCUCAAACACCCCAUCCCUGACUCCGUUUAUCGGGAUCCUCGACAUUUUCGGCUUCGAAGUGAUGAAACGCAACAGUCUGGAGCAACUUUGUAUCAACUUUACGAACGAAACAUUGCAGCAACAAUUCAACAAACAUGUGUUCGUACUGGAACAGGAGCGAUACGCUCGCGAAGGUAUCGCCGUGUCUCCCGUUGAAUUCCAGGACAACCAGCGUUGUCUGGACCUCAUCCAGAAGCCACCUAUGGGUCUCUUACCUCUUCUAGAGGAGCAAAUGCUACUCAAACGCAAAACUACAGAUAAACAGCUACUCACGAUUUAUCACGGCAACCACUUAGAUAAACACCCAAGUUACGCGAAACCUCGCUUCGAGUGCGACGAGUUUAUUAUCCGACACUACGCAGGAGACGUGACGUACGAUAUCCACGACUUCAUCGCUAAGAACACGGACAAUCUGCACGAUGACUUGCUGGAUCUACUACGACGGAGCUCCCAACCGCUACUUCAAGACAUGUGUAGUGCUCCAGCUGCAGCUUCACUUGGUGGCGCUGCAACUAAGCGCGGAGGGCCAUCAACGCCAAGAGGAGCCACGCACCAGCGUACUCAGAGCGCAUCUCUAACCGGUACAACAACCGUAUCCAGUCGGUUCCGAACGCAACUGGCGGAGCUUAUGGAGGUUUUAUGGAGCACAACGCCAAGUUAUAUUAAGUGUAUCAAACCGAACAAUUUGAAAUUCCCUGGUGGUUUCAGCUGCGAGUUGGUACGCGACCAACUUGUAUACAGUGGUGUACUUGAAGUGGUACGUAUACGUCAAGAAGGGUUUCCGAUCCGCAAGCAGUUCAGCGUUUUCUACGAGCUCUUUUGGCCACUUGCGAUCAAAAGUUACGGUGUUGUCACUACAAGAGGCAACACGAGUAAAAUCCGACAAGCCUGCGAGGUAAUUGCUCGUGAGUGGCUUAAAGAUAAAGAUCUGGAACGGCAACAAUUGUUUCAAGAAGAGAAUGAUUCUCCAGAAAUGGAAAAGGACGAGACGGAGACGACAACGCGAGUUGCUCGACAGAUCUUUGCCAUGGGGAGGAACGAAGUGUUCCUUCGCUACGGCCAGAUCGAGCGUCUCGAAGGCUCCUUAGCUACACUUCGACUAGAAAGCAUCGUCACCUUACAGUCCAAACUGGUUCGAGCUCGCUUGGCAUUCAAAAAGUUUCAUUUGCUCCGUCAGGCAACAGUAAAAUGGCAAGCACUUUGGCGGAUGCACACGCAACACUCUAAGUACCUGCAACAACGUAAAGCUGCUUUGAAGAUCCAAGCUCGUUUCCGAGCUUUUCAACUCUCUACUUUAUUCCACAAGAAGAAACGCGCAGCUUCUGUGAUGACGCGAGUGUGUCGCAAGUACAUCACUCGAUGCAAAUUCCUUCGUUUCCUCAAGUCAACACGUGCAGCUACUGAGAUUCAGCGUCAUAUCCGAGGUUUCCUACUUCGUACAGCCGCUGAACGUGAGCGCAAGACACGUGAACGUACUACUUUGAGUCUGCAGUCGUGGCAGCGGAUGCACGUCCACCGUCGUCGCUUUCUGACUCAAAGAUACGCUGCCGUUCGACUGCAAACUAAAUAUCGCUGUCGCACUCAACGCCGUCGCUUUUUACGUGAGAAGAAAGCUGCGAUUGUGCUGGCUGCGUUUGUGCGUCAAGUUUUGCAACGUAGACGCUUUAAGAAGCUGAAAGCGAGUAUUGUAAAGACCCAAGCCAUGGUGCGUAAGUGGAAGGCACGUCGGAUGUUUGUGGCCCUACGCUGUGCUCUCGUGGUGCUACAGAGCUUACGUCGGCAACGAGCAGCGAGAAAACUUUUUAUCGCUCGGAAAGCUGCAGUAAUCCGACUGCAACAUGCUAUGGUCGGAUGGUUUGCUCGAUGUCGAUUCGUCACAUUGAAGAAAAGUACGUCUCGACUUCAGUAUUUCAUCACGAGUUGGCUGCUCUGUCGCCAGUUCCGACGUGCUCGUAGAGCGUCCAGACGUGUUCAAAAAGUGUGGCGAUUGCAUCAUCGACGUGUGCGUUGGCAACUAGAAAUGGCGAGUGUGUUUGUAAGCCAUUCGAACGCUGCAUCAGAUUCUGGGGGUUUGUCGUGGACACAACACACUCGAAUGGAAGAUUCGGACCGUCGAAUGGCAAAAUUGCGUCUUCAACCAGACAUUUUUUUCACUUUACAGCCACGUGCAUUUGGGUACAACUCAUUGUUCCAUGAAGCUGCCGCAUGUGGAGAUUUCCAUGUGGUCAAGUACAUGCUCAGUGAACGCAGUGCUGACGAGUUGCUUAGCCUUAAGAACGGACGAGGCCUCACUGCGUUCCAUGAAGCGUGUGCGUACGGUCAGCAUGCCAUGGUCAAGUAUCUAGCACUGCAAAUGAUAGAUGCGAUCUCAACUAUGCGAGCUUUUCCGCCGACCUUUAAAGACGACACGACUGACGCGCCAGAACAGAGCACAGCAGACCCAUGUGAUGAGAGUGACAACCAGCAGAGUAGUGAAACUGAACCCACAACAUCUACGCGGACGGUAGUCUACAGUGGGUUUCUUCGUAAGCGACGCGAGACUUCGCGUUGGAUGCGACGUUACGUAGUACUGAGUGUGACUUCGGACAAGCACGAUCGCCCACAGUUGGACUACUAUCCCAACGACCGCAAAGCCACAUUGGCUGGGCCCAGCUCACUGCAGAUUGACUUAACAACCGCUCUACUCAAGACAAGUGUGGACUUGCCGUUCGCUUUCGAGUUGCACUCGCCACAACUCCUUGGAGGUCGCAACAAAGAAGGGCGACUUUACUUCGCAGCAUCGGGUGCACUUGAGAUCCAAUGUUGGCUGGCACAUCUGCGCAACAUCAUCCCAAGUAGCAUCGAGUCGCGUGUGUUUGCCAUGCACCGAUCCGCUCAAGGUAACCAUUUGGAGUUCAUUGACUUUAAGGCUCGUCAACAAGUGUGCAACCUUCAAAGCGCGUCACCCAGACUGGAGACGCCCCUGCACUUGGUUGCAAGUUGCAGUAGUCUCGUGAUUCUUGCAGCCAUUGAAGACGAAACACCCGAGAACAACAAGAGCAACAACAGCGAGAUCAACUUUGACGUUUCUGUUAUCACAGCAAACGCCAGUGCAAAGUCCAAAUCACUAUUGGAUGCCGAGCUUGAACUGGUCAAGACGACGCAGUGGCUGAUUGAGAACGGAGCAGACAUUAACGUCAUGACAACACGGCAAGAAACGCCUCUACAGUUGGCUCUACAAGCCGGACACUUGAUACUAGCGAAACUUCUUUUGGACCGUGGAGCCUUAGCGUCAAGCCUCUCUGAGCCGCAUCUGAUGCUGGUCCGUUGCUUGAAGGCUGAACUGGCUAAACAUGCCAUCACGAGUAUCUCUUCGUCUGCGCGUGGCUCUGUUAGUAUUGCACACCCUAAUCUGCCACCUCCGGGACCCAUGAAUGGGCUGAUAGCUGCACGAAAUUGCUUCCUGAAGCGACCUAUGCGCGGGUUAAGCACGGGCGACGACGAACCUCGCAUGCUCUUCCUGAUUAAACAACCCGGAAAAGUGCUCAAUAGUUCCUACGUGUCGCUCUUUGUGGAGCUCAUCAGACUGAAUAACGCGACGUCAAUUGGAGAUCGACGACCGCGAAUCGUCAUUUCUGUGAUGGACGGGCAACGCAACCUCGUCGAGAUGCGGCAACAAGUGUCUGUACAACCCGUGGCUGCGUCGAACGCUCUACUCUGGGGCUUCACGUGGCACAUGCAGACGCCCCUAGAGAACUUGCCACACGGAGCUUGUAUCGUAGUGGAGUUAGCCACUACCAGCACGUCGUCUGGCUCACCCACACGCGACGGCGCCUUGUCCCCAACACUUGGCGCUAGUGUACUCAAUCCGGAAUGCUGGACGUAUCUUCAAGUUGACCAACGUACAGCCAACAGCGCGCCUACUACUGCUGAGAUGUACAAGUACCCGGUCGACUUGUCUUCGCAGAAUACACUACACCGCGCCGACGCCUUCCUCUCAGGCGAGAUGUUGAUCUCGCAAGCUCAUACAUAAGCUGUGUUACUUCAUCUCUUGAAUAAAACACUAAGAAA